GAGGACGUGUCGCUUCAGCUUUUUACCUUUAAAUGGUUUCGAUUAACUUUAUUUAAUCGUUAAAAAAUAAAAGAACACUGAUUAUUAACUAAAGUUUUGAAAAGAUUUGGUUUAAUAUUUUAAAUAACACAGUGUAAUAACCGUGUAAUACGCACUUUGUUUGUGUUAUUUUUCUUAGAGACUUGACAAAAGCUUCAGGAUGGAGGUGGGCGUUCGGAUAUUGGGCGUGGUGCUCCGUAUCCUGAACCUGCUCCUGGCGCCGCUGUUCUGGCUGAAGACGAGAGAACGCCGGCCGCUGCCGCGUGCUCCGCCGCCGCUUCUGAUGAGGAGCGCCACCAGUUUAGCGGCCGCUGUCAGGACUGGAGAGAUUACGAGCGAAGAGCUGGUCACAACGUACAUCAAUCACGUUAAAGACGUGAACCCGUUCCUCAACGCAGUGGUAGAAGAACGCUACAGAGCUGCUUUAGAAGAUUCCAAAGCGGUCGACAGGAGUAUAGCAGACGCGAAGAAGAAUGGCACUUUGCAAGAACUGUUCGAAGGGAAACCUCUUUUGGGUGUUCCGUUCACUGUGAAAGAGAGUUGUUCUCUAAGUGGCCUGUCGAACGCAGUGGGCUGUUUAGAAAACGCUGGUAGACGCGCCACUAAAGACGGCGAAGCGGUCAGACUAGUCAGGGAGGCUGGUGCCAUUCCGUUGCUGGUUUCGAACACGCCUGAAUUAUGUCUAGGCUGGGAGACCACUAACCUGCUGCGGGGAGCAACCAAUAAUCCGUACGAUUUGAACAGGACUCCCGGAGGAUCUUCCGGUGGCGAAGGGGCGCUCUUGGCGUGUGGCGCGUCUGCUUUCAGCGUGUCUUCGGACAUCGCAGGAUCUAUUAGAAUACCGGCCGCCUUUUGUGGAGUAUUCGGACACAAACCCACUCCAGGCAUAAUCUCCAUUGAAGGCCAUAUACCAACGCUAAGCGACGAGAAUUUCCCCAACUUUUUGACCGUAGGGCCAAUGACCAGAUUCGCUGAAGAUCUACCUCUCAUGAUGGAUAUCAUGGCUGGUGACAACAAACACAAGAUGAAACUUCAUGAACCAGUUAGAAUGCAAGAUAUAAGGGUACACUACAUGACAGAAGCCACAAAAUCCUUGGCUUUGAUAAAUGUGGACAAAAACAUACAGGAGAGAAUAGUUAACGCGGCCAAGUAUCUGAAGAAUGAAUGCGGCGCUAAAAUAUGCGAGGAAAAGUUCAAUGAACUCGAGGAUUCUGUAGAAAUAUCAGUUUCUGUGUUCUUCACUAUGAAAGAUAUUCCCAACAUGCUGCAAGACCCGACCAAUCCGAAAGUGGACAAAAGUCUAUACGUGGAGCUUAUAAAGUACCUGUUUGGCGGCGGCACGCGUUCACUGCAAGGUCUCGGGUUCAGUCUCAUCAACAGGAACAACCUGUUCAUACCAGAGUCCAGGAAUGAAUACUACAGAAGUAAAGCGCAGCAGUUGCGCGACAAGAUGACGAAAGUUCUAGGCACGGACGGCGUGUUCCUCUACCCAGUGUUCAACGGUCCUGCGCACGCGCACAAUAGAGUAUACCUGCUGGCGUCGGGCGUCAUGUACAGCAUGCUGCACAACGUGCUGGGCGUGCCCGCCACUGCCGUGCCGGCGGGCGAGCUGCGGGGGCUGCCUCUAGCUAUACAGGUAAUAGCAGCUCCAAAUCAAGACAGGCUAUGCUUGGCCGUCGCCAAACAGUUGGAAAAGGCUUUCGGCGGCUGGCGACCGCCUCAGUAGUCACUUACCUAAGAUUACAGUUCACAUUGGCGAGUUAUUUUGUAAGAGGAAAAAUUUAAGACUGGGAAUUUUACUUGGUUGUAAAAUGGUUGUUAAAUAAAUAUUUCUGUACAAAAGACGAUUUUCUUUAAAAUAUUUGUAUAAGAAACGUAAAAAGCAGGAAUAAUGUUUUAUUAAAAUAUAAUUUGUUAUUGUUGUUUAUUUUUAAACCCUUCUUGCAUGAGAUGACGUAAAAUGCGCAAAAAUUUUCUGCGCCUCAUUUCCCGCUAAAAAUAAAAAUCACAUAAAUCUCAGAUAAAUAAAUUACUAAUUAGUUUUGAGAUAGUUUGAUUGAUCGACUUUGCCAAUGUGAACGUUAUAGUUAUAUCAAACCACUGUUAUGGCGUGGUCAAUUGUACAAUAUAUCUGUUUUAUAUACGUUAAUGUUAAACAGGGUGGGUUAUCAAAAUCUUCUUACUUUACAUACCUACAUAUUUUUUACUACAUAAUACAUAUUUUUACUUUUUUUUGCACAUAGUACAAUUGGCAUGUGGUGGAUUUAAUGAUUAAAAUAUUAUCUUAUAUUAAAAUAAAGUAGUAAAAGUAGGUGAGCUCAUUCUUCAAUUUGUUAGCAAUGAAAUCUUUAAUUCUUUACUAAAUUGAAGUUAAGUGUUUUGUUUAAAAUAUUGCUCUUAAUCAACCAAAUACUAGCCCAUCCUGUUUUUAUACUAAGCCAGACCAAUAUGAUUGGUUUAUGUUUAUCAGAAAAUAAAUUUAAGCAUUAACUUAAUUUAUAUGGACUUAGUUAUUGCAUAAGUUCAUGUAAACUAAGAUUAGGUUAGUAAUUUGAGAAUGUGUAGCCAUUAGGUUUCAUAAAAAAAUUGACAAUAUUUUUUUAUGAAGUUUCUUGUACUUAUAUCGGCAAUUACUCUUAAUUUUUUUCUGACUAUAUACUUUUAUUGUUAGGGAUUAAAUAAAAAAAAACAUUAAAGAAAUGGAUUUUUUGACAUUAUUUUUUUAGGAAACCAAUAGCUAUACCAUUCUAGAGUAAUAUCAAAUUAUUAAGGUAUGUUUUUGAGACCUUACAAAAGUAAUAUAAGUGCCCAAUUAUAUGUAAUUUUGAUGUGAUGACAUAAAAUGUGAAUAUUUUCUAUGUAUUUAUUUAUAUGUACUUUCACCUCUCCGUGUGACGGUUUGUAUGGCAUUUUUAUGAAUCGUGGCAAAUAAUUUUUUUUAUUAUGUCCUUCUUUCAAAAUCUACAUUCAUGUAUAGACGAAAUUGCUAUAAGUAUUAGAGAACUCAUUUAAAAAAGUAUUUCUUAUAUUUCCAUUGAUCGUUCCCAUGGAUGUCGUAAAAGACGACUCAGGGAUAGGCUUAUAAACUUGGGAUUCUUCUUUUACGUGAUGGGCUAGCAACCUGUCACUAUUUGAAUCUCAAUUCUAUCAUAAAGCCAAACAGCUGAAAGUGUCCUAGUAGUCUUUUUAAGACUGUUGGCUCAGUCUACCCCGCAAGGGAUAUAGACGUGAUUAUAUGUAUGUAUGUUCUUUUAUUUCUAAAUCAAAGGAUGAAAAUUUUCUACACUUAAGUAAAGAUGGUCCGACAUUUAUUAAUCUACUAACAAUGCGAUUAAUGAAACUAUUUUCAAAUCGCAAGAUUGCGUCUCAUUUUCAAAUUGUUUGAUUACGCCGCAUUCAAGUUCGCCUUUUUGUGGAAUGCAAAUUUGGAAGAAAUGUUUAUGGUUAUACCUUGUUAUUUUUUUUUAAAUUAGUACAAUUACACACCGAUUAAAAUAAUUCGAAUCAUCACAAUUUGUUAGGUUUGUUGUUACCUACUGAAUAAAUAAUAUCUCAAAUGGUAUUUAUAAACUAAGUAAUUUUAACCAUGGAGUUUAAAUAAAUUAUGUAAGUACUUUAUUUAAUAAAAGUACAUUUAUGAUGUAUGUAUCAUAUUAUACAUGCAUAUAUUAUUGUAAACAUUUUCCCUUAUUUUUUUACGUUUUUGUAUUUUCCACAAUUAACUUAAGAUUAAACCAAAAUGUAAUUGUGUCGUGUAUAAAAAAUAAGUUUUUUAAUACCUACCUACCUUCUUUGUGUAGAAAUUAUGUGUAUCUAUACAUGCCCUUUAGAAUGUUAUUUGUUUUAA